UCGGACCCCGCCGCUUCCCUUUCUCGCUUUCCCGGCGAAGUCAGACAUCGCUCCACGGCAACGAUGAAGCUCUGCGGGACUUUCCUCGAAAAUGAGUUUCGGGGUGAGCUGCUGAACCAGAGGUGGACCUGUGGGGAGAAGAUCAGCAGCUGCGAGGGAGCCGCCAGCCUGCACGGCACGUGCAUCAAGAUGAGUUUAGAAAACGAUGAUAAGAGAGCACGCACGCGAUCGAAGUCCGUCAGAGUGCCCACGGAGCUCAUCAGCCAGGAGGUGAGCUGUCCAACCCCAGGCUGUAACGGCUCAGGACACAUCCGUGGAAAGUAUGCGAGACACAGAAGUCUGCAAAGCUGCCCUCUAGCAAAGAAGAGGAAACUUCAAGAUGCGGAGGCCGAACACCUGGUGUCGAAGCGCAAAUCCCACCCGCUGAAGCUGGCCUUGGAUGAAGGCUACAACGUCGACAGUGACGGCAGCGAGGAGGCCGAGGUGAAGGAGGAGUCUGGCUCUGAGGAGUCAGAGGGAACGCUGGAGGAGGAUGAGGCGGAGGCGGUGGAGCAGGAGGAGACCCACAGCCCCGAGCGGGCAGAAGGUAGAAGCCCAGCAAAAUCAGCCCAUUACGGACAGAAACCAGCAACAAGUACGUCUGGGCCCAGCAAGGCCAACUAUAGCAACUACCAAGAAAUAAUCGCCAACUCUCUCCUAAACCUAGGCCAAAUAGCAGAGGAAACCCUCGCCAUUGAAGGGCAGCUGCCUGAAGCUGAGCUGCAGGUGUCCAAGCCGCCAUCCAAUGUUGUGCACCUGGUCCAUGAAGAUGCAGGAGAGGAGAUCGUGGAGGAGGAGUGUGACAAGGAGAUUAUCAUCCAGACUGAGGAUGCAGAGGAAGUCAUCGAGGUCACUAGUGAACGCAGCAGCGAGUUGUGUCCAGAGCACCAGGAUGACGUGAGCUGUGAAGAGUCCUGCAAGCUGCAGAAGGCCAUGCAAGCUGAAGCAGAGGAAGAGGAUGAGGAGGAUGAAGAUGAGGAUGAAGAUGAAGAUGAAGAAGAGGAAGAAGAAGAAGAGGAGGAGGAGGACGAAGAGGAGGAGGAAGAGGAGGAAGAAAUGACUCCCGAAGUGAUCUGUGAAGAAGCUCCUCACACUUCUCAGGACACGCAGAAAAGUCACUGUGAAGGGCAGUUCAGCCCUAAGCCCGAGUACUCUGUCAUCGUGGAGGUCCGGUCGGAUGAUGACAAAGAUGAUGAUGCCCACUCCCAGAAGUCAGCGGUGACUGACGAGUCAGAAAUGUAUGACAUGAUGACGAGGGGGAACCUGGGGCUUCUGGAACAAGCCAUUGCGCUGAAGGCUGAGCAGGUGAAAAUUGUGAGGGAGCCCAGCCGGCUGCCAGGAGAGCACGUAAAGCACUUCCAGGUCGAUGAGAAGCAGAGCAAACCAUUGGACAGCAUCCGAAAGAGCUACUAUGGCAAAGAUCCCUCAAGACCUGAGAAGCGAGAAAUCAAAUGUCCAACACCUGGCUGUGAUGGGACCGGCCAUGUCACGGGGCUCUACCCUCACCACCGCAGCCUCUCUGGCUGUCCGCACAAAGACAGGAUCCCCCCUGAGAUCUUGGCGAUGCACGAGAACGUGUUGAAAUGCCCCACGCCAGGCUGCACAGGACAGGGUCACGUCAACAGCAACCGCAACACGCACAGGAGUUUAUCUGGGUGCCCCAUUGCUGCUGCUGAAAAAUUAGCCAAAUCACAUGAAAAGCAACAAACCCAGUCUGGUGAUCCUUCAAAGCCCAGCUCCAACUCUGACCGGAUCCUCAGGCCUAUGUGCUUUGUGAAGCAGCUGGAGAUCCCUCAGUACGGAAGUUACCGGCCCAACAUGGUCCCAGCCACCCCCCGGGCCAACCUGGCCAAGGAGCUGGAGAAGUACUCCAAGGUCACCUUCGAUUAUGCAAGUUUUGAUGCUCAGGUUUUUGGCAAACGCAUGCUUGCCCCAAAGAUUCAGACUAGCGAAACCUCACCUAAAGCCUUUAAAUGCUUUGACUACUCCCACGACGCUGAGGCUGCUCACAUGGCUGCCACUGCCAUCCUCAACCUCUCCACACGCUGUUGGGAAAUGCCGGAGAAUCUCAGCACCAAGCAGCAAGAGGCACCCAGCAAGUCCAUGGACAUUGAGGUGGAUGAAAAUGGGACUCUGGAUUUGAGUAUGAACAAGAACCGCAAGCGGGAGAGCACAUUUCCCAGCAGCAGCAGCUGCAGCAGUAGUCCCAGUGUGAAGUCCCCAGAUGUGUCCCAGCGCCAAAACAGCACCAGUACCACGAGCAGCACCAUGACCUCCCCCCAGUCCAGCCAGACCUCCCGCCAGGAUGAAUGGGAUGGACCCAUUGACUACACUAAACCAAACCGUCAGCGGGAAGAAGAGCCAGAAGAGUCAGAGCCUGCAGCCCACUCUUUUGCCUCCUCGGAAGCUGAUGAGCAAGAAGUGUCAGAGGAAAACUUUGAAGAACGAAAAUAUCCAGGGGAAGUUACCUUAACUAACUUCAAGCUUAAAUUCCUCUCUAAGGACAUCAAGAAAGAGCUGCUCACUUGCCCUACCCCAGGCUGUGAUGGCAGUGGACACAUCACGGGAAACUAUGCCUCUCACCGCAGCCUUUCUGGUUGUCCUCUUGCUGACAAGAGCCUCAGAAACCUCAUGGCUGCCCACUCUGCUGACCUCAAGUGCCCUACUCCUGGCUGUGACGGCUCUGGUCACAUAACAGGAAAUUAUGCAUCACACAGAAGUCUGUCAGGCUGCCCUCGUGCCAAGAAAAGCGGGAUCAAGAUAACCCCGACCAAGGAUGACAAAGAGGACCCGGAGCUGAUGAAGUGUCCGGUUCCUGGCUGCGUUGGUCUUGGGCACAUCAGUGGUAAAUAUGCCUCCCACCGCAGUGCAUCGGGCUGCCCCCUGGCUGCCCGAAGGCAGAAGGAAGGAUCCCUCAAUGGCUCCACGUUUUCCUGGAAAUCGCUGAAAAACGAAGGCCCAACCUGCCCUACCCCAGGCUGUGAUGGAUCCGGCCAUGCCAAUGGGAGCUUCCUCACUCAUAGGAGUUUGUCAGGGUGCCCAAGAGCUACUUUUGCUGGGAAGAAAGGAAAACUCUCAGGGGAUGAAAUUCUCAACACAAAGUUCAAGACCAGUGAUGUUCUAGAGAACGAUGAGGAGAUCAAGCAGCUGAACAAGGAGAUCAGCGAGCUGAACGAGUCCAACUCGGAGAUGGAAGCAGCCAUGGUGAAGCUCCAGUCGCAGAUCUCCAGCAUGGAGAAGAACCUGAAGAACAUUGAGGAGGAAAACAAGAUCAUCGAGGAGCAAAACGAAGCCCUGUUCCUGGAGCUCUCAGGGUUGAGCCAGGCUCUAAUCCAAAGUCUUGCCAAUAUCCGCCUUCCGCACAUGGAGCCCAUUAGUGAGCAGAACUUCGAUGCGUACGUGAACACACUGACUGACAUGUACACCAACCAGGAGUGCUACCAGAACCCAGAGAACAAGGACCUGCUGGAGAGCAUCAAGCAAGCCGUCAAGGGCAUCCAAGUUUAG